GGAAAAAAAUGGUGGAAUUCACUAGAAKACCUUAAAGUUUCCUUUCUUUUUAUCAAGCGCUCUUUAAUUUCAUACCAGUCUUGAUAUGAYGGACAGCACAGAAGAGCUUCUCCCGGGUCGUCCUAGAGAAAACAGCCGUAAUUCAUGCUCAGAAUGCAGCAUUCCUUGUCGUUAUUCUUUAGCUUUUUUCGCUUGUUUAGGGUUUUGUGUCGUGUACGCUUUGAGAGUGAAUCUGAGCGUCGCUCUUGUGGCAAUGGUUAAUUCUACUUAUAGCAAUAGCAAUGCCGACUCACAAAACCCUGAAUGUGGUAGUAGCAGUGGUUCAAGCCAGUCUUCUAAGGAUGGAGAGUUCAAUUGGGAUCAAGAAACGCAAGGGGUCAUUCUUGGGUCCUUUUUCUAUGGUUACAUAGUAACACAAUUACCUGGUGGAUGGUUGGCAUCUAGGUAUGGUGGCAAACAUUUGUUUGGUCUGGGAGUUCUGUGUACUUCUGUAUUUACAUUGUUGACACCUAUAGCUGCACGUCACAGCCUUGGUAGCUUGAUUGCACUGAGAGUACUGGAAGGACUUGGAGAGGGUGUGACGUUUCCUGCCAUGCAUGCAUUGUGGGGCAGCUGGGCACCUCCUUUAGAACGUAGCAAACUUGUCACCUUGACCUAUGCAGGUGCACAGAUGGGAACCAUCAUUUCUUUACCCAUCUCAGGAAUUUUAUGUGGCACAGAUUUCCUUGGAGGCUGGCCUUCCGUUUUCUACAUUUUUGGUGCUGUUGGUAUCAUUUGGUUUAUAGUGUGGACUUUACUUGUCUAUGACAAACCUGCAGACCAUCCUAGAAUAUCACUUGAAGAGAAGGAGUAUAUCAUUAGUUCAAUAGGAAAGUCCCAAGACAUCCAUCAAAAGGAACAUUUCACACCAUGGUAUAAAAUCUGGACAUCACACGUUGUCUGGGCCAUUAUUAUAGCACAUGUCUGUAACAACUGGGGAUUCUACACGUUUUUAACAUCAUUACCUUCAUAUUUCAAAGAGGUUCUAAACUUUCAGAUAACACAGAAUGGUAUAUUAUCAGCUGUGCCGUAUGCUGCCCAGUAUACCAUCAUGAUAUUAGGCGGACAGCUUGCUGAUUGGCUGCGCAACGAACGAAUAAGUACCACAACUGAAGUUAGGAAGGUGUUUACUAUUGGAGGACUUUUGGCUCCCGCGUUCUUACUGGUUGCCACAAGUUACACAGGCUGUGACGAUAAGGCGCUAUCGGUAGCGUUGUUCUCCACCGCUCUUGGUAUAACAGGGCUGGUUUCGUCAGGUUUUAAUGUCAAUCAUCUGGAUAUUGCGCCAAGAUAUGCUGGGGUCUUGAUGGGCAUAACCAACGCUUUUGCAACUAUUCCUGGCAUAGCUGCGCCCUAUGUGACUGGGUGGAUCACCAACAACGAGCCUACUCGUGGUCAAUGGCAAAAGGUAUUUUAUUUAUCUGCUUUUAUCUAUGUGAUUGGUGCUUUUUGCUACACGAUUUUGGGGACUGGUAAAGAACAAAGCUGGAACACUCCCGAAGACGAGCUACUCGUACAUGUGGAUCUUCCCCGUGAAGAACGAACUCCUCUGCCUAUUUUUAGGAACGAAGAAGCUCCCGUGGGAGAAGACAGCCAUGUUAAACCAGCUGUUGUGUGACAUUUGUUGUCACGAAAUUAAAUUGGAUCCUUUCAAGACAGAGAAAUAUGGAGAAAUUAGAUAAAAGUUUUAGUAAUGCUUAGUAAGCUGUUGCGUGACAAAGCCUGUCGCAGAAUUAUAUUAGAUUGCGUGACGUGAUUGUUGUAUUACACUACAAGACGUCCUUCCAGACAUUGAUGCUUGUCAUCGUCAAAAGCACACAAAAACAAUCCACGAAUUCUGAUUGAUUGGUCCGAUAUAUAAAGUUAGAUUUUUAAAAGCCUUUAUUUGCUAUUUAACAAACAUUAUUCACAGCACUUCCUAUGAUUCACCUUUUCUACGUUUAUCUUUAUUUCACCGAACUUCAUCGAACCAUAAUUCCUUGCGCUAAAAAAACCCCGGUUUUUAUGAUCUUUCUGACAACGUUUUAAAUAUUCAAAAAAUAAUAUAUUAUUUAAUAUAUUGACAAAAAACAAUAAGGAGCUAUAAAUUAACUAUGGUAAAUCUCGCCAUCCGAUUGUUCGAGGCGCAUGCUUGAAGCUCGCCGCACACGCGCGUUUUCCAUUAAAUAAGAUAUAAAUUUAUAGGUUAAAAACAUUAUACUUGAAAUAAUAUUUUUGAGAUUAAGUCACGCAAGUGUAACGUGCAUCUUUUGGUGUACUGCAGGGGGAAAGUGGAUGAGAGGAACGGGAAUGAGGAUAAAAGGAAUGGGACAAGCAGGGAACGGGAGCAAACUUCAGAUUUACUAAUUAUUGUUAAUGUUUAUUAGAAAUAAACUUUCUGACAGAUUUUUA